AUGGCUAGAAGUAGCAAUUGGUUCAAAAGAAUCAGAAGAAAUUUUGUUAAAGGGUCUUCAAAAUCUUCAAGGAACAUCAUUGUUGUUUACUCUCACAUAUCAUCCCAUGAAGAAGAAACCACUCAGCUAAUCUCAGAUGUUGCAGCUUCAAUAACCACACAACAAACACUUCCCCCGCCGCCUUUAACAAAACAAGAUUUGGCUGCAAUCGAAAUCCAAGCACAAUUCCGAGGCCAUCUCGCAAGACGAGCAUUUCGGGCCCUGAGGAGUCUUGUCAAGCUUCAAGCCAUAGUUCGAGGAGGGCAAGUAAGGAAACAAGCGCGCAUAGCUAUGCAUUGUAUGAAUGCCAUGACAAGGCUGCAGGUCAGUGUUCGAGCACGCCAGCUCUUUGCCGGGGAUAGCAGCCUCAGCAACAAUAAUCGGUUAACCUUGCAAAGACAUCUUUUUUAG